AUGUUCCUUGCUGCCUUGUCUUUUGCCUACUUCUCCAAGGCUCUCUCUGGUAGCUACAUGAAAAGCACCAUUACACAGCUGGAGAGGAGGUUCGAUAUUCCCAGCUACCUGAUAGGCGUAAUAGAUGGGAGCUUUGAAAUAGGUAACCUGCUGGUCAUAGCCUUUGUCAGUUACUUUGGCGCCAAGCUCCACAGGCCAAAGAUCAUCGCCAUCGGAUGUGUCCUGAUGUCUUUCGGGACUUUCCUAAUCGCCAUGCCUCAUUUUAUCAUUGGACGCUAUAAAUUCGAAACAUCAGUUAGAUCGUCAGUGAAUUCAACCAAUAACCUCUCUCCAUGUCCAGCAAGCUCACCUGAGUCUGGACAUGCAGGUGACAUGCCCUCUAUACUGCCUGCUACAGGCUGCGAGCGGGAGUCCAGUGUGUCGAUGUGGGUCUAUGUGUUCCUGGGGAACGUCUUACGUGGAAUAGGAGAGACACCAGUACAGCCACUGGGAAUCUCCUACAUUGAUGAUUACGCACAAUCUGAAAACGCAGCUCUCUAUAUUGGCUGUGUCCAGACCAUCUCAAUCAUCGGGCCGGUCUUUGGAUACUUACUGGGUUCUCUGUGUGCAAAGAUCUAUGUGGACAUUGGCUAUGUGGACAUGGAGAGUGUCACCAUCACCCCUAGCGACGCCCGGUGGGUCGGCGCUUGGUGGCUGGGCUACCUCAUUGCCGGGGCCAUCACCCUCAUGUCCGCCGUGCCCUUCUGGUUCCUGCCCAAGUCCUUGCCCAUGCCCCUGGAGGAGCAUGAUGCCAGCUGCACCCCCGAGCAGGCCAGGUUCAUCAGGGACUCGCCCACCAUGCAGCACAAGUUCAGGCCAGAGGAACCUGCCAACUUCCAUGUGAUGGCCAAAGAAUUCAUUCCAACGUUGAAAACUCUUCUAGGGAAUCCAUUAUACGGCAUUUAUCUGUGUGUGACCAUUAUACAAUUCAACUCGCUCAUCGGCAUGGUAACCUAUAAACCCAAGUACAUCGAGCAACAUUACGGCCAGUCUGCUUCGAAGGCAAACUUUCUCAUGGGCAUGAUCAACAUCCCCGCCGUUGCCCUGGGGAUGUUCUCUGGGGGCUUGAUCAUGAAGAAGUUCAAGCUGGGCAUCAUGGGAGCCGCCAAGUUUGCCUUCGGGACCUCGCUGUUAGGGUACUUCCUGUCUCUCUUCUUCUUCGCCCUGGGCUGUGAGAACGCCAAGGUGGCAGGAAUCACUGUGUCUUAUACCGGGGUGGAGAGCUUGUCCUAUCACGAGAGCUCUCAGUUCUCGGAGUGUAACUCCGGCUGUCUGUGUUCCGGGAAGGAUUGGGACCCCGUUUGUGGUGAAAACGGCAUCACCUACGUGUCGCCCUGUCUGGCUGGCUGCUCAUCGUCCUCUGGCUCCGGCAAAACCACGGUUUUCGACCAGUGCAGGUGUGUGGCUUCCGCAGGUCCUCACUCAGCAAACCUGACAGCAGCUCUGGGACACUGUCUCCACAGGGACAACUGUGACAGAGUGUUCCCCUACUUCCUGGCUCUCGCUGUGCUCAGCUCCUUCAUCAUUUCGCUGGGAGGAACGCCCGGCUUCGUGCUGCUCAUCAGAUGUAUGAAGCCAGAAUUGAAAUCCUUCGCCCUUGGCGUUCACACGUUGGCUACUCGAACCCUUGCUGGAAUCCCAGCCCCAAUCUACUUUGGGGCCAUCAUUGACACUACCUGUCUGAAGUGGGGAUACAAGCGAUGUGGAGGAAGAGGAGCAUGUAGGAUAUACAACACUACAGCCUACAGGAUAUUGUACCUGGGACUGACAUUGGGCCUGAGAACAUUGUCCUUCUUCCUGUGCAUCCUGGGGUUCUCUUUACUCAAGAGACAUAUCAAGGAAGAGGAGAAGAAGGCCCUGGCCAAUGGGAACAGAGAGUCAGAGUUGCUGGGGAAGGAGGAGAGCAACUCGAUACACUGUGAGCAGUUUAUACGGGUGUUGGACCUCAACCCUGACAGAGAGACACGCCUGUGAUAUCCCCCCCCCCCCCCCCCCCCCC